AUGUCCUCCUCAUCGUUACCACCACCUACAACAACAACAUCUACAACACACAUUGCCAUUUUAGUUUUACAAUCCUACAUUCCAAAUGUCACUGAAAAACAUGGUGAUUUUGGUGAUAAUAUAAUUGAUCUUUUGAAUCGGGCUCAAAUCAACUACCCCAUGAUCAAAUAUCAAUUAUGUACUGAUGACGAAUCACAAUUAUGUGAAACGUACCAACAAUUAAAUCGAAACCUCUCGGCAAAUCUAAUCACUGGAUUUGUUUUGAGUGGGUCAAAAAGUGAUGCCUUUGAUAAUUCAAAAUUAUGGAUCAACAAAUUGGAUGAAUUUAUUGUGGAUACAUUAUUCAAAUUAUCAACAAAAUUACCUAUUGUGGGAAUUUGUUUUGGUCACCAAAUAUUGGCCAAAAAUUUAGGCUGUAAAAUUGGUAGAAAUGAAUUGGGUUGGGAAGCAGGAACUCAUACUAUUGAAUUGAAUCAAGAAAUUUUCAAAAUCGAAAACACUCCAUUCUUGCCAGCGUUAGUAUCACCAAAGGAUACUAGUAACAGCAAUGGUGAUAAUGACAAUGACAACAAUCCUGAAAAUCAAGUCAUAUUGGAUCAUUUGAAUUUGGUUGAAUCACAUCAAGAUAUAAUCCAUGGGUUACCUACAAUUACUGGAUUUGAAGAUAUGGUGAGUAUUGGAUCAACAGUUAAAUGUAAUAUUCAAGGAAUGAUGACCACCAAGACUUGUCCAAUACGAUUAUUGACUUUCCAGGGCCAUCCAGAAUUCACUACUUCGAUUGAAUUGGAUAUUUUGAAAAACUCUUACGAGCAUGGUGUGUUUAAUGAACAAGAAUAUGAAAAAUAUAAAUACCAAACUAAUAGUUUAAAUAAUCAAGGAGAUUUGAUUGGUAAAGUGAUUGCAAAAUUUUUAUUAACUUAA